GGCGGGUCCGUGGCGGAGUUAGUCGGCGUCUAUUCUCGGGCGGAUCGGCGGUCCAGCCCUCCAACGGUCUGAGGGACAGUGAAUUGGCCCCCUGUGUAAAAAGUUUGAGGACACCUGCUAGCAGAAUUGAGAUAACAGAAAACUUCACCAAAGAUGUCUAAGCAACAACCAACUCAGUUUAUAAAUCCAGAAACUCCUGGCUAUGUUGGAUUUGCAAAUCUUCCCAAUCAAGUUCACCGAAAAUCAGUGAAAAAAGGUUUUGAGUUCACACUAAUGGUGGUUGGUGAAUCUGGUCUGGGAAAAUCGACUCUCAUCAACAGCCUGUUCCUGACUGAUCUCUACCCAGAAAGAAUCAUACCUGGAGCUGCAGAGAAAAUUGAAAGAACUGUCCAAAUUGAAGCUUCAACUGUUGAGAUUGAAGAGCGGGGGGUCAAGCUGCGCCUGACAGUGGUGGACACCCCUGGCUAUGGUGAUGCCAUUAACUGCAGGGAUUGUUUUAAAACGAUCAUCUCCUACAUCGAUGAGCAGUUUGAACGGUACCUGCACGACGAGAGUGGGCUGAACCGGCGGCAUAUCGUGGACAACAGGGUGCACUGCUGCUUCUACUUCAUCUCACCCUUUGGCCACGGACUUAAACCCUUAGAUGUUGCAUUCAUGAAGGCCAUACACAAUAAGGUGAACAUCGUACCGGUCAUUGCAAAGGCAGACACUCUCACUCUGAAGGAACGGGAGAGGUUAAAGAGAAGGAUUCUGGAUGAAAUUGAAGAACAUAACAUCAAAAUCUAUCACUUACCCGAUGCAGAAUCAGAUGAAGAUGAAGACUUUAAAGAGCAGACUAGACUUCUCAAGGCCAGUAUCCCUUUCUCCGUGGUUGGGUCCAAUCAGUUGAUUGAAGCUAAAGGGAAGAAGGUCAGAGGCCGUCUCUACCCUUGGGGUGUCGUGGAGGUAGAGAACCCAGAGCAUAACGACUUUCUGAAGCUGAGGACGAUGCUCAUAACUCACAUGCAGGACCUGCAGGAGGUGACCCAGGACCUUCACUAUGAAAACUUCCGUUCGGAGAGGCUCAAGAGAGGCGGCAGGAAAGUGGAGAGUGAGGACAUGAAUAAAGACCAGAUCUUGCUGGAAAAGGAAGCUGAGCUCCGCCGCAUGCAGGAGAUGAUCGCGAGGAUGCAGGCACAGAUGCAGGCGCAGAUGCAGGGCGGGGAUGGCGACAGCGGGGCGCUCGGGCACCACGUGUGAGGUGACACGCACAUGUUAGUAGAAGACCAGGCAGUUGUUAAUAACGGAUAUUAUCAUGUCAACUUGUGUAUAAUGACAGGCUCUUCUGACUUAAAUCUUAUCAAUGUUUUGCAUUUUUGAACCUCUGUUAUUAACUAACAUUACUACCCUUAAAGGAAAAGGAACUACUCCUAAAAAGCAGAAGCCAGUACUUUGCCACCUACUUUCUAGUAAAGAUUUUUCAUAUUUUCUAAGCUUAUAAACAUGAUCAACACUAGGAGAAAAAUUAUAUAUUAAAAUAUUUUAGUCUUACAAUUGGAAAUUUGUUAAUGCUGAAAACAUUUUGUUAAAGGGAAUAAAGAAGUGAUUUAAGUAGUUGAUCCAGAUAAAAGUACAGAUGCCAUGAAGGGGAAGGGUGGUGCCCUGUGCAGUGAGGGUCUGCUUGGCCAGACGCUGACUCCCAGCUCCUUGAGACAGUGCGUGCUGCUGUGUCUGGCCUGGUGUACACCAGCCUCCCUGCUUCCACAGAAGCUGCCAAUGCCAAGAGCUCAGGACCAGGAAAAGGCAAAUGCUUACUCCCUGUGUUGUGUCGCUUGGAGGAGUUGGUAUGCAGACCCGUCUAGGUGUGAGUCCCCUUACCUCCCAGAGGAAAAUAGAUGAAAGAUAAAGUCAGAUAAAGACCUAAGAGUCCAAAGGACAGAGCAGCCAUUAUGGAGCUGGGGUUGAAGGCAAAUAAAAGGUCACACAAGUCAUGAUUAGAGCUUGAAAGUGAGUGUGAGUUGGCAGUGAUGGAGGGAGGAAAAGCUGGGAAUUAGGUAGACGUUCUCCACUGCAAUUCAGGCACCUCCUUAUGGAGUAUGAGUGUGUUGAUGAAAACAUGGAGGUGACUUGAAGCUUAGCUGACACAUGACAAGGUAAAUUAGACAGAAGGCACGGGGUCCACAGGUGGACAAAUGGUUAAAAAUGGAUAUGGUGUGACAUGCAGGGCAUUGGUCACCAAACUCCUAUGUAGCUUUAUUGGGAAAGGUGUUCAUUGUAAAAUACAGUGUCUGGAAGGACACAAAAAUACCUGUGUACAGUUUAGUAAGUUUUUGUAAAGGGAACAUACAUAUAACCCCCACCUGGGCCCACAUUGGUCACUUUACUUUCUUCAUUCUCACAUUGAAAACUAGGAAUAGUCCUGAAGAUAACGUGCUGGGUUCACCCUUUACCAGUAAGGAAAUGGAUGCUGCUGCAAGAGCUGAAAAUCAUUUGUGCACAGUUGUGUACUAGUUAAAUGACAUCUCCAGAACCGGACAAUGCUGCUGAAGCAAGUUGUAAAUGGCACCUGACCCGAGAAAUGAUGGUGCAGUGGAAACAAACAGAACCUCUUUGGGGUGGGAGUUAUUUGAGGCAAGAGGGAGUGAUGUUUGCUCACUUUCCUUCAGUUUCAAAAUGUUUAGGGAAUUAUGAAAAUUUCACUUUAGAGACAUAAAAUUUUUAUUUCUACGUACCCUUGCUUUCGUGUACUUCCGGUUUUCAAGAGCUUCCUGAAUGGUGCUUUUGACCCAGUUAAUGUUGGGAUCAUAUAAACCCAACCUUUUGCUGUUAACUACACUGUCUGUUAAAGAGGAAAGUAGUGCUGUCUAUGACCACGGCAGCAAACUGUCACUCCCACUUAAAUGUGCUUCGUUUUGUUUUUCUAGAAAAUACUCUCCUGGAUAAAAAAAAAAAAGAAAACAUUCCAGAUGGUAACAUUGCUGCCCGUUUCAUGAGCUUGUUGGAAUGGUGCCCACCAAUGUUUCACAGAACCUGUGCCUGAGAAUUUAAUUUUUGUUUUUUUUAAACUUUUAGUGGUUUUUUUUUUUUUAUGAAAUGCUUUUAGUAUUUGUAUUUCAUUGCUGUUUCACUUUAUGUUUUGAGGUUAACUUCGCUUUUUACUUUUUCCUUAAUUCUAAUGUUAGAAUUGAUUUCUAAGAAUCAGUCAACAUGUACAGUUAAUGUGGAAUUUCUUUAUUUAGCUGACCUAACUAGCUAAUUUUUAAUGAGCACUCUUGAUUUAUAUCUAGACAAUUCAGAUUUACCCAGAAUGUUUCUGACUGGGAGAGGCAUGUGCCUGGAGAUGCAGAAAGAUGUGCUGACCAGGGGCAGGGCCAUCUGCUUGCCAAGUUGCACCCUGUGCACACUUCAGUUCUUUGCUCUUAUGUCUGUGCACAAUACUUAAAAAACCAGUUCAGCUGCUAUAAUACAAUACUGUUAUCAUUUAUCUGUUAACCAAAUAAAACAUAAUAGAAUCAUCUAAUGAGAUAUGUAUUAAUACUUACAUAGCUUCUUUAAAACAGGCUUUUACAGUUGUAUUUUAAGAAGUCUUGAUCUAGGUCAUUUUUUUAAACCACUAUGCAGAGAAGUCAUCACAAGCCAGUUUUUGUAGUGUUCUGUACUAGUACUGGUUAUACUGUGCUACAGAGAAAAAUGAAAGCAGCUAUGAGCUCUAGUUUUCAUAUUGCAACUAAAGUUCUUACCUACACAAUGGGAGUCAGUAAACUAUUUUUACUCAACUAAAUUAAAAAAUAUUUUUAAGGAAAAUUAGCAAUUGACCAGUUUUGAAACCAACCUUUUUUAUAUUUUAUACUGUACUUUAGUGUAUUUUCUGUAACUGGGUCUUAGAAGACCCUCUUCAGCUGUGGGGGUCCUUUGGCUAAUGUGCCCGUGAACCCCAGGCCUGUCACUGAACAGUGUUUUGCUCUAAGAUCUCCAUGAAGCCCAAGUGCCUACCAUGUUUUCCUGAUUUGGGUUUCCGUUAACUAUUUACUUUUGAAUAUUUUUCUGAUGGGAGAAAAAUAGCAGUCUUUUUUUUUUUAUUUUUAUUUUUUAUGUGCAGGCUGUCUCAUUUAUUUUCAACCAUUGUUAUUUUGUGUAAUACAAUUUCUCUAUAUGCCAUGUAAAAAUGAAAGGCAUUUCACACCUGUAGGGUAGGUAGGUCAACAGGCUGUGCAUACUUGAAGCCACAUCUGGUUGGUUUUCUGUGCAUUGUGCCUUGACCCUUACCCUUCCUGCCUUUUCCUCCUGUGAACCCCUCUGGCACACUUUUAUCAUUAUUACAUUGGGAAAUUCUAAGCCAGAUGAAAGGACACAACAGUUAUAUACAGAGCAGGUAUGGUUCAAUAUUUUCAUUUCACUGCAAUAUGAGGAACUGAAGGGGAGAAAAUGCUUAAUCUGAGGAUGAGACAGGGUUUUUUGUUUUGGCCAGAAAAAAAGAUAAAAAUGAAAUGGUCAAGUAAUCUUGAGUCCUGAAGGCAUACUACCCUGCUUACCCUCCACUGGUAAACAUCAUUGUGCUGUGUGCCGGGCUUUGUGUGAGGUUUUUUUCCCCAAGAAAAAGUAUUGCACAGUUUGAGUUUUUUUAUAUUCAGUAACUUUACUGGAAAAAGCUAUUAAAACAAAAAGCAUUUGCAAGUAAUUGAUGUAUAUCCUGUGUAUGUUUGACUAAAAGGACUGUGUGGGGAAAGGUGUCGCCUGACUGUUAGGGUGGGAGGGCACACACUUCAACACUUCUAAACCCCUUUUUGUUUUGCUAUUCAAAUCUAAAUGCUUUUGCUAAUAGAAAAUUUUUGCUUUUACUACAAGAUAAUCUCUACCUUUAGAAAUGUAUUUUGAAAACACUUAUUUUACACAGCAAUUUUGUACCAUUUAAACUAACUUUUUAUCAAUAAAGCACUAUUGUUUAGAUA